UUUUUCAGUGCAAUUCACUCAGAAAGUGAUAGCGCCCGUAAAGUGUUUAAUUGAAAAGUAGUACACUAGUUUUCUCCCUGUUUGACUUCAAUGGCGGCCUCAGUGGAGAACCGUCGGUUCACUCAUCCAGAACUCGCCGCGAAUGGCCUCGGUCGCAACUUCAAACCCGUUCCCAGCAGUCACCGGUCCGACUCGCCGGAGCGUUGCCGUCAAAUACCGUCGAGUCCAAAGAAACGGGCCGAGACGGUGGAAGAUUCGUCGAGUGAGGACGAAAAUGAGAACGAUUAUAGAGAGCUCAUACAGGAAGGGAACGGCGAAUUGGAGCCGUCGAUCCUGGACUCGCGAGAUGAAGCCACCGCCGAUAAAUGGAUCGAGCGCAACGCUACCAUGGUCCGCCUCACAGGGAAGCACCCCUUCAACUCGGAGGCGCCCCUAACCCGGCUCAUGCACCACGGGUUCAUCACGCCGGUCCCGCUCCAUUACGUGCGUAACCACGGUCCGGUUCCCAAAGGCAGGUGGGAGGACUGGACCGUUGAAGUCUGCGGGCUCGUCAACGGACCCGCCAGGUUCACCAUGGACCGGCUCGUGACCGAGUUCCGGAGCCGCGAGUUCCCAGUCACGCUGGUCUGCGCCGGUAACAGACGCAAAGAGCAGAACAUGGUGAAGCAAACCAUCGGGUUCAACUGGGGGGCCGCAGGGGUCUCCACCUCGGUGUGGCGCGGCGUACUGCUGCGCGAUGUGCUCAAGCGGUGCGGGAUCUUCAGCCGUAAACGUGGGGCCCUCAACGUGUGUUUUGAGGGCGCUGAGGAUUUGCCAGGUGGCGGUGGGUCUAAGUACGGGACCAGUAUCAAGUACGAGAUCGCGAUGGACCCGUCGCGUGACAUCAUCUUGGGGUACAUGCAAAACGGUGAACGUCUGUCGCCGGACCAUGGGUUCCCGGUGCGGAUGAUCAUACCGGGGUUCAUCGGCGGGCGAAUGGUGAAAUGGCUGAAGCGGAUCAUAGUGACAACCCAGGAAUCCAAUAAUUACUACCACUAUAACGACAAUAGAGUACUUCCCUCGCACGUUGACGCCGAGCUAGCAAACGCCGAAGCUUGGUGGUACAAGCCUGAGUAUAUCAUCAAUGACCUGAACGUAAACUCUGUGAUAACGACGCCAUUACACGAGGAGAUCUUGCCGAUAAACUCGUGGACAACGCAGAGGCCAUACACUUUGAGGGGCUAUGCAUAUUCCGGAGGUGGGAGGAAAGUGACACGUGUUGAGGUAACCGUGGACGGUGGAGAGAACUGGCGUGUGUGCGAGUUAGACCACCCGGAGAAGCCCAACAAGUACGGCAAAUACUGGUGCUGGUGCUUCUGGUCACUGGAGGUGGAGGUUCUGGACCUGCUUGUAGCCAGGGAGAUUGCUGUUCGAGCCUGGGAUGAGUCCCUCAGCACCCAGCCCGAGAAGCUCAUUUGGAAUGUCAUGGGAAUGAUGAACAACUGCUGGUUCCGGGUGAAAACAAAUGUGUGCAAGGCGCACAAGGGGGAGAUUGGAAUCGUGUUUGAGCACCCAACGGUACCAGGAAACCAAUCUGGCGGAUGGAUGGCAAGGGAAAAGAACCUCGAGACAUCAUCCGACGCAAACCAAUCCAUCAAGAAGAGUAUCUCAUCCCCUUUCAUGAACACGUCUUCAAAGAUGUUCUCAAUGUCCGAGGUCAAAAAGCACAACUCGGCCGACUCAGCUUGGAUCAUCGUCCACGGCCACAUCUACGAUUGCACACGGUUCCUCAAUGACCAUCCAGGUGGCGCCGACAGCAUUCUCAUUAACGCAGGCACUGACUGCACCGAAGAGUUCGACGCCAUACACUCCGACAAGGCCAAGAAAAUGCUCGAGGACUAUCGAAUCGGCGAGCUGAUCACGGUAGGUUAUGCUUCCGACUCGACCACCUCUUCACCCAACAGCACAGUGCAUGGCGCGUCGAACACAUCCCAAUUACUUGAUCCCAUCAAAGAAAUCGCGCCACUAAGAAGUGUCGCUCUCAUCCCAGGGGCGAAAAUCCCGGCCAAGCUCGUAGAAAAAAAAUCAAUAUCCCAUGACGUGCGGCUAUUCCGAUUCGCAUUGCCGUCCGAUGAUCAGAUCUUGGGUUUGCCAGUAGGGAAGCAUAUAUUUUUGUGCGUUACCAUAGACGGCAAGUUGUGCAUGCGGGCUUACACUCCAACGAGCUCCAUUGACGAAGUUGGGUACAUGGAUCUAGUGAUUAAGAUUUACUUCAAAAAUUUGCAUCCGAGGUUUCCUAACGGCGGGCUUAUGUCACAGCACUUAGACUCACUUCCAAUAGGUUCGGUUCUAGACGUGAAGGGUCCAUUAGGUCACGUAGAAUAUACUGGACGUGGCAACUUUUUAGUUCAUGGCAAACCCAAGUUUGCCAAAAGGUUAGCCAUGCUGGCCGGUGGGACUGGGAUCACGCCCAUAUAUCAAGUGGUUCAAGCCAUUUUGAAGGACCCGGAGGAUGAGACAGAGAUGUUUGUGGUGUACGCAAAUCGCACCGAAAACGAUAUUUUGCUUAGAGAAGAGCUCGAUGAUUGGGCUAAGAAGCAUGACAAGUUGAAGGUGUGGUAUGUGGUGCAAGAAUCUGUAAGGGAAGGGUGGCAAUACAGUGUGGGAGUCAUCACUGAGAAUAUUCUACGGGAGCACAUCCCAGAAGGAUCGGACGAUGCUCUGGCGUUGGCAUGUGGACCCCCGCCAAUGAUUCAGUUCGCAGCGCUGCCGAAUUUGGAGAAGAUGAAUUAUGAUGUCAAGAAUUCAUUGCUAGUAUUUUAGAUGUUCAGAAGUACUGAGGACUUGAGGUGAGCUAGCUAGCUUGCGUACAUACACGUACUGCAAUUCCCUUGCAUUUUCUUCUUCUUUUUCUUUUGAAGUUUUCUUGAUAAGGCCAGGAAAAAAAUGAGCAAAUUGAAUUGCUUGAAUAGAUUUUUAGGCCUCUAAUUUUCCUUUUAACCCAGGGAAUUAAGCUUAAGUAUAUAGGGUUGUUAUACCCUAUCUAUGUAGAAUUUAUCAUUUGGUGUCUCAUGUACGUUGAGAAUAUAUCUAUAGACUAUUCCGUACGUGGGUUUGGCAUCAAUACUUUUGAGUA